AUGCUUCAAGAGCAGUACAGAUUCUUUGGUAAGGAAAUAGUCAAUUCUUCUGGUGAAUUUUAUAAGGAAAACAUUGACAGGAAUAAAUCAAAGCAUUUAACAGUGCUACCUAGAUAUUUAAAACUGAAUUUAUGGUGUGGGGAAAAGGAAAACUAGAUGGAAGAGGAGCCCAAUAUUAAUUAAUUGUGUCAAUUUGAUUAAUAGAUAAUAAAGGAUCCAUAGUUUACACCAAUAUACAAUUAAGAAAUAUUUUAAUAUCUAUUAAGUUAAGAACAGAAAUAUCUAGUUAAUAACAAUUAUAUGAAUGAACAGCAAUAACCAGACUUAAAUGCAAGAAUGAGAUCUAUUUUAGUUGAUUGGUUAGUGGAUGUCCACCUUAAAUUUAAAUUAAGGGAUGAAACCUUAUAUUUAACAUCGUAUUUAAUUGAUAGAUUUUUGAAUAUUCAAAAAACAACUAGAUAACAAUUAUAAUUAGUAGGAGUAGCUUCGUUAUUUAUAGCUUGUAAAUAUGAAGAAAUAUACCCCCCAGAUCUAAAGGAUUUUGUUUAUAUAACUGAUAAUGCAUAUACAAAACAGGAUGUUUUGGAUAUGGAAGGUCAAAUUUUAUAGACUCUAGGUUUCUCAAUUACUCAACCAUCUAGCUAUAGUUUCCUAUAGAGAUUCGGCAGAAUAGCCGGAUUGGAUACAAAAAAUUUAUUUUUGGCCCAAUAUUUAUUGGAACUGUCAAUAGUCGACAUCAAAUUCAUGAAUUAUAAACCAUCUUUCUUGACCUCUGCAGCUAUUUAUUUAGUCCAUAAGAUAAGAAAGACUCCUUAAUCUUGGAAUGAAGAGAUGCAAAGCACAACAGGAUACAAUGAAUAAGAACUAAGAUUUUGUGCUAAAGAAAUGUGUUUGGUCCUUCAAUCUUCAGAUAAAUCAAAUCUCUAAGCAGUAAGAAAGAAGUUUGCUUAGCCAAAAUAUCUAGAAGUUUCUAGAAUCAGAGUUGAAAGACAAACUAAACCAUAAAAAUGA